AUGUCCCGCUUAAUGGAGAUGAAGGAGUUUGGGGAGGCUGCGCGCUUUCUGCGCAAGACUGACAUCGAACUGCUGUCCGUGCAUACUGUGGCGCCUGACGGUAAAAAACGAGUCUGGAUACCUGAUGACAAGGAGGCUUACAUCGAGGUUGAGAUCAAGGAAACCAGCGGCGACAAAGUCAUCGUUGAAACUAAGGAUGGGAAAUCCCGUACUGUUAAGGAAGGUGACAUUCAACAAAUGAAUCCACCGAAGUUCGACAUGAUUGAAGACAUGGCUAUGCUCACGCACCUGAAUGAAGCUUCCGUGCUGUACAAUCUGCGGAGGCGCUACAGCAACUGGAUGAUCUAUACCUACUCUGGGCUUUUCUGUGUCACAGUGAAUCCAUACAAAUGGCUCCCUGUGUAUACAGCUCCCGUGGUAGCUGCCUACAAAGGCAAGCGCCGCUCCGAGGCCCCACCACACAUUUACUCCAUUGCCGACAAUGCCUACAAUGACAUGCUGCGCAAUCGAGAGAAUCAAUCCAUGCUUAUUACUGGAGAAUCCGGUGCUGGCAAAACUGUCAACACGAAACGUGUAAUUCAGUAUUUUGCCAUAGUAGCGGCCCUGGGUGAAGCAGCUGCUAAAAAAGGGGGUCCUGGUGCUAAAACAGGGGGCACCCUAGAGGACCAGAUUAUUGAAGCUAAUCCUGCUAUGGAGGCUUUUGGCAAUGCUAAAACAGUGAGGAACGACAACUCGUCCCGCUUUGGUAAGUUUAUCAGGAUCCACUUUGGGCCUACAGGGAAGCUUGCUUCUGCUGAUAUUGACAUAUAUCUUUUGGAAAAAUCCAGAGUUAUAUUUCAGCAACCUGGGGAGCGAAGCUACCACAUCUACUAUCAGAUCAUGUCUCAGAAAAAACCUGAACUUCUAGAUAUGCUUCUGGUCUCCACAAACCCAUAUGACUAUCACUUCUGCUCUCAAGGAGUGACCACAGUGGAAAGUAUGGAUGAUGGGGAUGAACUCCUGGCAACUGAUCGUGCCAUGGACAUCCUUGGCUUCAGUCCUGAUGAGAAGUACGGCUGCUAUAAAAUAGUAGGCGCCAUCAUGCACUUUGGGAACAUGAAGUUCAAGCAGAAGCCGCGUGAGGAGCAGGCUGAGGCAGAUGGCACUGAAAGUGCUGAUAAGGCCUCUUAUCUAAUGGGAGUCAGCUCAGCUGACCUCAUCAAAGGGCUCCUGCAUCCACGAGUGAAGGUGGGCAACGAGUAUGUCGUGAAGGGACAGAAUGUUGAGCAGGUAAACUAUGCGGUUGGAGCCCUGGCCAAAGCCACUUACGACCGCAUGUUCAAAUGGCUGGUAGGACGCAUCAAUAAAACCCUCUAUACAGUCUUACCUCGCCAGUUCUUCAUUGGAGUGCUGGACAUCGCUGGCUUUGAAAUCUUUGACCUAAAUAGCUUUGAACAGCUCUGCAUCAACUUCACUAAUGAGAAACUGCAACAGUUUUUCAACCAUCACAUGUUCAUCUUAGAGCAAGAGGAGUAUAAGAGGGAAGGCAUAGAGUGGACAUUCAUUGACUUUGGUCUUGACCUUCAGGCCUGUAUUGAUCUCAUUGAAAAGCCACUGGGAAUCAUGUCCAUUCUUGAAGAGGAAUGCAUGUUCCCAAAGGCCACAGACCAAACUUUCAAGGCCAAGCUGUAUGACAAUCAUGCUGGCAAGUCACCAAACUUCCAAAAGCCGCGGCCUGACAAAAAGCGGAAGUAUGAGACUCAUUUUGAGUUAGUGCACUAUGCUGGAGUGGUACCGUAUAACAUCCUUGGCUGGUUGGACAAAAACAAAGACCCCCUGAAUGAGACGGUGGUGGCCUGCUUCCAAAAAUCAGCUAAUAAGCUCUUAGCUUCCCUUUAUGAGAAUUAUGUCGGCUCUGACUCAGCCUCCGAACAUAAAGCUGGUGGCAAGGAGAAGAGGAAGAAGGCAGCGUCUUUCCAGACUGUGUCACAGCUGCACAAGGAAAAUCUGAACAAGCUCAUGACAAACCUGCGCAGCACUCAGCCUCACUUUGUCAGAUGCAUUAUCCCCAAUGAGACCAAGACUCCAGGGACCAUGGAUGCCUUCCUGGUGCUGCAUCAGUUGCGCUGUAACGGUGUGCUGGAAGGCAUCCGUAUCUGCCGAAAAGGCUUUCCUAACCGCAUCCUCUAUGCAGAGUUCAGACAAAGGUAUCGUAUCCUGAACCCCCAAGCCAUUCCUGAUGACACGUUUGUGGACAGCAGAAAAGCUGCUGAGAAGCUUCUGGCAUCAUUGGACAUCGACCACAACCAAUAUAGAUUUGGUCACACUAAGGUGUUUUUCAAGACUGGUCUGUUGGGUCAGUUGGAGGAGAUGAGAGAUGAGCGACUGGCUAAAAUCCUCACGAUGCUGCAGGCCGUAAGCCGCGGCAAGAUCAUGAGGAUGGAGCUCCAACGCAUGAUGGAGAGGAAAGAGGCUGUGAUGAUCAUACAGUGGAACAUUCGGGCCUUUAACGCAGUAAAGCACUGGCCAUGGAUGAGGCUGUUCUUUAAGAUUAAGCCCCUGCUGAAGAGUGCAGCUACAGAGAAAGAACUGGCUGCUUUGAAAGAUGAGUUCCAAAAGUUGAAAGAGGCUCUGGAGAAGUCAGAGGCAAAACGUAAGGAGCUGGAGGAAAAGCAGGUCACUCUGAUCCAAGAGAAGAAUGACCUCUCCUUGCAGCUUCAGGCCGAGCAAGAUAAUUUAGCGGACGCAGAGGAUCGUUGUGAUCUCCUCAUCAAGACGAAGAUCCAGCUGGAGGCCAAGGUUAAGGAGAUUACUGAGCGGCUGGAGGAUGAGGAAGAACUGAAUGCCAAUGUGCUCUCCAAGAAACGCAAGCUGGAAGAUGAAUGCACAGAGCUCAAGAAGGACAUUGAUGAUUUGGAGAUCACCCUGGCUAAAGUUGAAAAAGAAAAACAUGCCACUGAGAACAAGGUGAAGAACCUGAUUGAUGAGAUGGCAACUCUAGAUGAGACCAUCCUGAAGCUGACAAAGGAGAAGAAGGCCCUUCAAGAGAGCCACCAGUCAACGCUUGACGACCUGCAGGCAGAGGAAGACAAAGUUAACACUCUGACCAAGGCAAAGGCAAAGCUGGAGCAGCAAGUAGAUGAUUUGGAGGGCUCUUUGGAGCAGGAGAAAAAAUUGCGUCUGGACCUGGAACGGGCCAAGCGUAAGUUAGAGGGGGAUCUCAAGCUGUCCUUGGAGUCUGUCAUGGACCUGGAGAAUGACAAACAACAGCUGGAGGAGAAGCUUAAAAAGAAAGACUUUGAGAUGAAUCAAAUCAGCUCAAAGAUCGAAGAUGAGCAAGCCCUAGUCAUUCAGCUUCAGAAGAAAAUCAAGGAAUUGCAGGCUCGUAUUGAGGAGCUGGAGGAGGAGCUGGAGGCUGAACGAGCCACCAGAGCAAAGUUGGAGAAACAGCGGGGUGAUGUGAGCAGAGAGCUGGAGGAGCUGAGUGAACGUCUUGAAGAGGCAGGAGGUGCCACCUCUGCCCAAAUAGAGAUGAACAAAAAACGGGAAGCAGACUUCCUGAAGCUUCGGCGUGACCUGGAGGAGGCCAUGCUACACCAUGAAGCCACAACUGCAGCAUUGCGCAAGAAGCAUGCUGAUUCUGUGGCUGAGCUGGGGGAACAGAUCGACAGCCUACAGCGAGUCAAACAGAAGCUGGAAAAGGAGCGCAGUGAAACCAAGAUGGAAGUAGAUGACCUGGCAUCUACCUUGGAGCAGCUGGCCAAGAGCAAGGCUACAACUGAGAAGAUGUGUCGGCUGUAUGAAGAUCAGUUGAGUGAGUCAAAGGCGAAAGCAGAGGAGCUCCAGAGGCAGCUCAGUGAUACAAACAUGCAUAAAGCCCGAGCUCAGGCUGAGAGCGCGGAGCUGGGCCGUAAGUUGGAGGAGCGAGAGACUCUGGUUUCACAGCUGCAACGCACCAAGAACUCCUACAGCCAAACUAUAGAGGAGCUCAAGAAGCAGUUGGAUGAGGAGAAUAAAGCAAAAAGUGCAUUGGCCCAUGCCCUGCAGUCAUCCAGGCAUGACUGUGACCUGCUUAGAGAGCAGUAUGAAGAAGAACAGGAGGCCAAAUCUGAGCUACAGCGAUCACUGUCCAAGGCCAAUACUGAGGUUGCCCAGUGGAGGACUAAGUAUGAGACUGAUGCCAUCCAGAGGACUGAGGAACUGGAGGAGGCAAAAAAGAAACUGGCGACACGGCUUCAGGACGCUGAAGAGUCAGUAGAGGCAUCAAAUGCUAAGUGCUCUUCCCUUGAGAAGACCAAGCACCGUUUGCAAACCGAGAUUGAAGACCUGGUUUUGGACCUUGAGCGAGCCAAUGCUGCAGCUGCUGCCUUGGAUAAGAAACAACGGAGCUUUGACAAGGUCCUGGCAGAGUGGAAGCAGAAGUAUGAGGAGUGCCAGUCUGAGUUGGAAACAUCACAGAAGGAAUCCCGCUCCCUGAGUACAGAGCUCUUCAAACUCAAGAACUCUUAUGAGGAGGCUCUGGACCACUUGGAAACAAUGAAACGGGAGAACAAGAACCUCCAAGAGGAGAUUACUGACUUGACAGACCAGAUCAGUCAGGGAGGGAAGACAAUCCAUGAACUUGAGAAGAUCAAAAAGGCCCUGGACAUUGAGAAGAGUGAGAUCCAGGCUGCGCUGGAAGAAGCUGAGAGCACUCUGGAACACGAGGAGAGUAAAACACUGCGUAUCCAGCUGGAGCUAAACCAGCUCAAAGCAGACAUCGACAGGAAGCUGGCGGAGAAAGAUGAGGAAGUUGACAACCUACGCCGUAACCAUCAGCGUGCUUUGGAGUCCAUGCAGACCACACUUGAUGCAGAGGCAAAGUCUCGCAACGAGGCCAUUCGCUUGAAGAAGAAGAUGGAAGGAGACCUGAAUGAAAUGGAGAUUCAGCUCAACCAUGCCAACCGACUGGCUUCUGAGUCCCAGAAAACAGUGCGCCACUUGCAGACCCAGAUUAAAGAUCUCCAGCUGGAGUUGGAUGAAACAGUGCACCAGAAUGAGGAUUUGAGAGAGCAGUCUGCAGUGACAGAGCGUAGGAACAACCUGCUGGCAGCAGAAGUGGAAGAGCUUAGGGGCUUGCUGGAGCAGAAUGAUCGUGCCCGCAAACUAGCUGAACAUGAGCUCCUGGAAACUAGUGAGAGGGUCAACUUAUUGCAUUCACAGAACAUGGCACUGGUGAGUCAGAAGAAGAAGCUUGAGGGUGAUCUGUCCACGCUGUCCGGGGAGGUGGAUGAGGCAGUGCAAGAGUGCCGCAAUGCUGAGGAGAAGGCCAAGAAGGCCAUCACUGAUGCAGCCAUGAUGGCAGAGGAGCUGAAGAAAGAACAAGACACCUGUGCACAUCUGGAACGCAUGAAGAAGAACAUGGAGCAGACCAUCAAAGACCUCCAGUUACGUUUAGAUGAGGCUGAGCAGGUUGCCCUCAAAGGGGGUAAAAAACAGAUCCAGAAACUGGAGAGCAAGGUGAGAGAGUUGGAGAAUGAGCUGGAGAGUGAGCAGAAGAAAAGCAACGAGUUCCAGAAAGGUGUCCGCAAGUAUGAGAGAAGAAUCAAAGAACUGACCUACCAGACUGAAGAAGACAGGAAGAACACGGUCCGCCUGCAGGAGCUCAUUGACAAGCUGCAGUCCAAGGUGAAGUCCUACAAGAGGCAGACUGAGGAAGCGGAGGAGCAGGCCAAUACCAACCUGACCAAGUACAGGAAGGUCCAGCAUGAGCUGGAUGAUGCAGAAGAGAGAGCAGAGAUGGCUGAGACUCAGGUCAACAAGCUACGCGUCCGCACCAGAGAGCAAGGCAAUAAGCUUGCAGAGUGA